GCGUCCGUUGGGAGCCGCCGUGUUGUGAGGAGGACGCCGAGGCGCUACCGCCGCUGCCCCGCCAUGGAGCUGCCGCCACUGGCCGCGCUGCUGGGGAGCCUCCUGCUGUGCUGCGCAGGUCUAACAAAAGGCCUAAAGAUAACUUCAACUAACCAGCCUAUGGUUGAAAAAGCACAAGGAGAGAAAGUUACAUUGCCAUGUACAUUCACUGUCUCACAAGAAGAUCAAGGCCCACUAGAUGUUGAAUGGGUCUUAAUACCAACAGAUAAUCAAAAGAAGGAACAAACAAUUAUCAUGUACUCUGUAGACAGGAUUUAUAAUGAUUACUAUGAAGCUAUGAAUGGACGAGUACAGUUCACUAAUCCUGAUCCCAGAUCUGGUGAUGGCUCCAUAGAUAUCCUGAAUCUAAAGUCAGCAGACACAGGCACAUACCAGUGCAGAGUGAAGAAAGCUCCUGGAGUUGAAAGCCAAAAAAUACAGUUGACUGUGCUUGUGAAGCCAGCAAGGACUAAAUGCUACGUUGAAGGAUCACAGGAAACUGGAAGAGAUCUCACCCUGAAAUGUGUGUCACAAGAAGGUUCCCCACUCUUGUCCUACAACUGGAGGAAAUUAACUGGCACAGAGGAACUUCCGGCGACAUCGUUAUUAAAUAAAGAUACAGGUGAACUGUCUAUGAAAAAUGUCUCUGAGGACUACUCUGGUACAUACAGUUGUGUGGCUGCAAACAGAGUUGGCACUGAUGACUGUUUCGUUGUGCUAAAUGUCACUCCCCCUAUAAAUACAGCUGGCACAAUUGCUGGAGCAGUUAUUGGAACUCUUCUGGGUCUCUUUUUAUUGGCCUUUCUCGUCUUCUGUUGCUGUAAGAAACGUAAGGAGAAAAAAUAUGAAAAAGAAGUGCAUCAUGAUAUUAGAGAGGAUGUUCCUCCUCCAAAGAGUCGUACUUCAACAGCCCGCAGCUAUAUAGGCAGUAAUCGUUCCUCUCUGGGUUCAAUGUCUCCCUCCAAUAUGGAAGGAUAUGCCAAGACUCCAUAUAAUCAAGUACCAAGUGAAGACUUUGAACGUUCUCCUGGUCAAAACCCAAACUUUCCACCAUCAAAGGUAGCUGCACCUAAUCUAAGUAGAAUGGGAGCUGUCCCUGUGAUGAUUCCAGCACAAAGCAAGGACGGGUCCAUAGUAUAGAAUGGUGUUAAUUUAUGCUUUUUUUUUUUUAAUUCUAUACAAAUUAAAAAAAACAAAACACAACCUUGUUCCAACCUACAUUUAAAAAGUGCACAAAAUUGUCGUUAAAGAAAAUGAACAGUUUGUUUGAACAGCCAUCACUUUUGCUUAUUAAUUUUGAACUGUUGUUAAAAUAUAUUAAUUAAUUGCUUCAGCAAAAGCAUUUAAGUUCUGAAUGAAACAUGAAACAAUGGAGGUAUCUGAAUUUUAGAUGAAAAAACACCAUGUCAGCUAGAUGUGGAAUUCUGAAUAUGAAACACAACGUUGUAUGUUUUUGACAGUGAAAAGACAUUGCAACUGUACUCCAUUAAAUUAGAUUUCCAGAGACUUCACCCUCAAAAUUUUGAAUGACUUAAAUAUUUUGUCUCCUUUAGCCAUUCUGUGAUAAUGACCACAGUGGCUGAAGUACUUGAAUGAUCUGAAUAUUUUACUGAAAGUCUGUGGAAAUCUUUAACUUUUGUAAUGUGCUUUUGAGGUAUCUUCUGAAUUGCUGAGAACUUGUAUAUCAUGGGCUACCAGUUGCAGUUAAUUGAACCCAGUCAGCUAAUAAACUUUAUUUUGAGAUUAAAUGCAACAAGUGGAAAUGCUACAGGAGACCAUGCAAGCUUUAUGAGACCCCAAUUUUAAGAGAAGAGCAUUUUAUUAUAGUCAUGCCAAGCAAUCCAAAACUGUUCACUGACAUUAAAGGGACAUCAUCAAGUUGUUACUAAUGGAACCUAGUCUUCCAAAACUUCAGAUCAACUGUUGUUUUCCCAUGAAAAAUGGAUGUGUGUUUGUGGACAAAUAGUUCAGUUAUGCGAGAUAGGUAUUUAUCUGUCAAGAUUUUCAGAACCUUGCUUUAAUUUUCUAAAUCUCACUGUAGGUUUCUAAAUCCAUAUUUUGAUUCCAAAGAGGUAAGCACGCAGAAGCUCUAUCUGCAUUUAAUGGGAAAUAAGUGCUUGUGAGUUGGUAAAAUCUGCUCACUUAUUCUGGAAACUUAUUUUUGAACCUGGUGUGUAUAGACACAGUACAAUAUUAGUCUGCUAUUUUAGGGCAUUGUGUAAACAGUUUUUAUACAAAGAAUUUGUAAAGGGGUAAAAGAACUUGGUCCUCGAUGUCACCAUUAAAAACAAACUAACCUCUAAAUAUUGGUACCAAACACUUAAUUCCAUUUACUUUCUCAUAACAAAAAUAGAAUUUCAAAUAGUUUCUCUUCUUCAUGCAGUGUGGUUAUCCAAAAUUGUAGAUAUGGAACUAAAAUUUAUUGUUGAAUUAAAAAAAAAGAAAAAAAAAACUUUCACAGUUUACAAAUUUAAAAAAAAAAAGCUUUCCAGUGUGGUUUCUGUACUAGUUUCAGACUUAUUAAAGUACUGUUGAUAUCUUGUGAUGAUAGCUAUUACAUUGUUGUGGAUAGUGUAUUUGAAUUUUGCAUCAGUUUGAGUCUUUGUAAAUUUAAAAUGUCAAUAGUGGAUAUUAAACUGCCAAAUAUUCUUCAAACUGAAAAUGAAGAUAGAGUGCAACACUGAUCUUAUUUAAGCUAAAUGUCUGAACUGCCUGUGUGAAAGAUACUAGGUAUAUCUGUAUUACAAUGAUGUGAGACAAAAGUUUUUCUCAAAUGUUUAGGGAAGCUUUAGGCUAUAGUGUCUGUUUUUUCUAUAGCUGACUCGGGGCUUGGCUACACUUGAGAGUUACAGCACUGGUGGUGGCUUUAUAGCACUGUAACUUACUCCCUGUCCACACUGGCAAGGCACAUACAGCGCUGUAUCUCCCUGGCUACAGCGCUGGUUGUACUCCACAUGGACAAGAGGAAUAAAGAGAACAGCACUGGUGCUGCAGCACUGGAGUGCCAGUGUAAACAGUGAUUAAUCUUACUACGCUGUAACUGACCUCCCAAAUUUUCCAAUAAUGCUUUUAACUAAAGAACUCUCUUUGUUUUGUUGUGAUGCCUCUCUUUGUUUUGUUGUGAACUCGGCUCCCAGAGCUGGUUUAUCUAAAAAACAAACACAGCAAUUGUUUGCUCCAGCAGAGGCAGGCAGGGAAUGUCCACAGCUAGUGUUUGCUUGAGGUGAGAAACAGCACCGCGGGGUGGGGGAGGGAGUCCAUGGGAGCAGCUACUUAUCUGGUCUGAAGGCUAUUUGCAUUGAAGAGUGAAUGAGAAGAGGGGUGGGGAUGUUGGCUCCAAAAAUCCACUCUCUCUCUCUUUCUCCCCCACGCUCCCUGUCACACUCCACCCCACUCCCCUCUUUUGAAAAGUACGUUGCAGCCACUUGAACGCUGGGAUAGCUGCCCAUAAUGCACCACUCCCAACACCGCUGCAAAUGUGGCCACACUGCAGCACUUUCCCUGCACAGCUGUACGAAGACAGCUUUAACUUCCAGCGCUGUACAGCUGCAAGUGUAGCCAAACCCUCAGUCUGUGAAAUUAUUCAGGUUGCUCUUAGAUGUUUGUCCUAGUUGUAGGUAGGUACACAAUUUUUGAUCUGGAUUAUUAUGUAGAGUAUAUAAACCCUUUUCAUUCUGAAUUUAGAGAAUGAAGUAGAUAUUAAGUAUUUUAGAUAUGUAUAAAACUUUCCACAUUUUGGGACAUCUUUUUUUAGAUUGUAAUCAGAUACUGUUAGAACUAAGAUACUUUUAUCUUUCCUCUGUGCCUUUCCAAUAAACUGUUAUGCCUGAUUGUAACUUAAGUUUUUUAAAGAAAUUUCUGGUGCCUAAAUUACUUUUUUUUUGAAAGGUGCUUCUUAAACAUGAAGGUAUAGACUUUACAAAACUGUGACCUGAUUUCGUCUUACAUACUUUUUAUAUUUGUACCUCUUCCUGCCAAUAUUUUGGAUGUGGCUUAAGUAACUCUGCAUAAUGUUCUGUAUUUCAAAACGCUUUGGUUUUGCUUGAACUUCUCUUUACAAACUAGUGAAUGUUAUGUUCCUGAAAACAUUCACUUUCACUGUAGUACCAGAUUAGAUGAUUAGACCCCUCACAUGUUAUACGUAAUACUUUGUAGUUAUUUUCCAGACACAUGAAUACAAUAUUCUUUUUUUAAAAAAAUCUUAAUUUUAAGAAAUUUUUGAAAGUGUACGGCAGCAGUUCUCAAACUGUGGGUGGGUCCCUCAACGUGGGUCGCAAUCCUAAUGGGGUUCCCAGGGCUGUCUUAGACUUGGGGGCCAUAGCUGAAGCCUGUGCCCAACCACCCAGGCCAAAGUCGAAGCCAGAGGGCUUCAACUCUGGGCAGCGAGGCUCAGGUUACAGGCCUUCUGCCUGGGGCUGAAGCUUGCCCUCUCCUCUCCCUGGCCAGCGCAGUGGGGCCCCGGGGCUUGGGCAGACUCAGGCUGUGGGUUCUCCCCUCUUUCCCCCCCACCCCGCCUGGGGUUGUGUAGUCAUUUUUGUUGUCAGAAGGGUGUCGAAGUGGAAUGAGGUUUGAGAACCCCUGAAGUAGGGAACAAAGACAAUCCCUUCCUAUAUCCAGUUAUAAACACUGGAGAGAGAUUGUCACAGUUGAUUGAUAUAUUAGUACACCAAAAUUUUGCCUACCCCUAAAGUAAGGUGUUUAUUUUAAAAAUGCUGUUAUGUCAAUCUUGAAAACUGAUCUGCUGCGCAAAACAAGUAAAGCACAGAUUAAAAGCCAGCAGUAGGACUGGGCAACUAGCUAACAGUCUAAAGUGCUUCAUUAAUCCAUCUGUGGACAUGUUUGUGAGAUGGGCACUCGUUGCGUUGUCCAAUAUUCCAUACUCCGGUCAGGUAAACAGGCAUGAUACUGAAGAACAUAAAUAUAUUACACCAAAGCAGGUGUAGCUGCAUUUGUGCUUAUUUAAUGCCCUGUCAGCUCACAAGAAAGGAGUAGAUGAGAGGGAAAGGACAGCAUGAUGUGGCCUCAAAACAUAGCUUUUAGACCUUGCAGCCUUGACAAUGUCUGUUUAUGAAAUUCCAUGGAAGACAAAGUAACAGGAACUGACACUGUCCUCUGAAAUACAUAGGGCUACCUACUUGGGAUAGACUUUUUGUCUCAAGUACCUAACAUCCAGGCCUAUUGAAUGGACAAAGUAUUAUUAUGAAGGCCACCUUAUUACUACUAUAAAUCUGAUUAAUAUCACAAAAUAAAUAUUGUUUUUUUCUUUAAAUUCAGACUCUAAUUUACUUAAAACAGAUACUAGAUUAACAAUGUAUUGUCUAUUUAGAAAUGGAAUGGAUGGGACCAAAAAACUUGUCCCAGUACUUCCCCUGCCCUUCAAUUAGAGUGUUAAUUGUUACAGAUCAGACUUCUAAAGAAAACUCUUACAGGAAGCAAGCACAGCUAGUUCACUGAUUAAAACACACCAUCCUCAGUGCCUCAUUCAUGAAGUCUUAUAGUUGAAGAUAAACUCUUUUGUAAAUAUUAAAUCUAAAUGAACUGAAGAAGUGAUAAGUAGUUAAUUGGAUGACUGAAAAUGUAGUUUUCCAUUGUCAGUGGGGCAUACUCUGAUUUUAGUUUGGGAUGAAUAAAGUGUGACAGCUUUAUGUAAUUUGAACAAACACUACAUUAGACCAGAUAUCAUAAACUUACUUUCUGAAACAGAUAUUUAAAGAUUUUUUUGUGAGGUGUUAUUUUACACUGAAAUUUCAUGAGUAAAUUUUUUAAGCAUUUACUGCAUUAAAAAUGCCUUUUUCCAAUUCAGCAAAAUAAAUAUUCAUCAUAUUUUUGUAAAUGCCAUUAACUGUGGUAUUUUGUCUAUUCAGAAACGUACAAAAGUACACAUUUAAUCUAAUGUUGUGUAGUAUAUUGUUACAUUCAGAUUAGAUGUCCUCAUACCUCUUGUUUAGUAACAAUACAGCUAAGUGUUAAAGAUGUGUUUAAAAUAUCUGUCUGUAAAUCAGGGCUUUUCUGCAAUAGAGGAAGCCAACAGUAAUAGACAGUAGUUUUCAUGGCAGACUUUUGUUCUUUGUACUCUUGCCACGUAGGAGGAAAGUCCACAUUAGGUUCAUCAUAUCACUUAAACCCUACUGAAACACUGCAUUAAGUGUUUAUAGGACCUUUGGGCUUCUCCAUGAUGUGGCACAUUUCAACUUAAUUAUACUAAAGCAAUACUGCCUAACGGAGUAAAGGUCUGCAACUGGAAAAAGGUAUACAGUACUUCACGUGCACAAAGCAUAGUAUUUGAUAUUGGUAUGAAUUUCAGCAUGAGGUUUUAUAUUUAAUUUCUAAGAAUUUAAAGUAGAAUCAUGGACAUUUGUAGGAGUCCAUUUGUUAAAAAAAAUGCUGGAGUUUCAUGACAGACUUGUGUACUUUUUGAAAU